GGAGACUCUUUGCCUGGUUUUCCUUCACCAGACACCUUCGAAUUUCUCGCCCUGCCGCACUUGCAGAAGUUGGCCAUCCCUUCAGUGGAAUGUGUCCAUGACAUCUCGUCAGCCUUGGAUGUCUUGGCGCAGAGGAUGGCUCAUGCAGUAUUCCGCCGAUUCCCAAAGAUGGCUGAGGCUGUGCUCACCAUGACUCAGAAUAUCAUCCAAGAACAGAAGGAUGAGGCAAGGAGAAUAGUGGAAGAGCAGGACCCUGAGUAUCUCACGCAGCAUGGCUCCAUGGAACCUAUGUAUAAGAAUCAGCAGCCUGCGAAGCCAGCUCCGCCUGUUGAGGAGGAAAAGCCCAAGGAGCCAGGAAUGGCAGAGAAAACCCUCAAUCAGGUGAAGGAUGGAAGCAGAGCCGCGUAUCAAAGUGUGAGCACCUUCCUCAAGAAGGACACAGCUUCGGAGAGAAGACAGCCCAGAUAUAGUGGCCCAUUUGUCCAAGAGAUUCGCAAACGGCUAGACUCCUACUUUGAGGUAACUGUCAGAAGUGUUCGGGACUCUGUGCCCAAGGCAAUUGGUUUCUAUUUGGUGAGGGCAGUUCAGGAGAAGCUGCAGUUUGAGCUCCUUAGUGCCUUGAACAAACCUGACAAGCUGUCAGAGAUGUUGGGUGAACCGCCUCACAUCAUGGAGGAAAGGCGCACCUUGCACAACCAACUGCAAGUGUUGCAGAAGGCCAGCGCUGUCCUCACCAGGGACCCCACCUUGGCUGCCAUAGCUUUUGAGGCUGAGGAGGAGGAGCCACUACCCCCAACCAAACCUGCACAGCCAAAGGCAACGCCCGCAUAUGCACAGCCAAGCCCUGCUGUGCCAGCUGUGUCUAAGGCUCCGGUGGUCUCAACCGCCACUGUGUCAGCAACACCUGCUGCGCGGCCUGCAGUCACGGCCGCGCCAAAGCCGGCCAGCGUGUUUGGAGGUACACCCGCUCCCACUGGACGCAACCCUCUCUUUGACGAUGCCAAGCCUCAGCAAAAGAACCUGUUUGACUGA